AUGGCUUCCGAAAUCGAGGAGAAGCAUGCAUACAAUGAGAGCAACGAGCUGUCCGGCCCGAAACAUGACCUGGCCAUCAAUGUUGGCGGCCGGGGAGCCACCCAGCGACGUCUCCGGAAUUACCAAAUCCAAAUGAUCGGACUGUGUGGGGGUAUAGGAACUGGUCUGUUUGUUGGAACAGGUGCUGCUUAUGCCAAGGCCGGUCCUGCUGGGUUGCUGUUGGCUUUUAUCAUUGUCGGUAUGGUUCUGUGGUGUGUUAUGCAGAGCAUCGCGGAGCUUGCUACGUUACUGCCUUCUGCCGGAUCGUUCCCGCAUUGGGCGACAAGGUUUAUUGAUCCCUCUGUUGGGUUUUCAUUGGCUAUUUCGUAUGGCUAUUGUUACACAAUUGCUAUUGCUUCCGAAGUGUCUGCUGCCGCUGUGGUGGUCUCGUACUGGACGGAUUUGACACCUGCCGUGGUCAUUACGGUAGGACUGGUCCUGAUCCUGGCUUUCAAUCUGGUAAACGUGAGAUUCUAUGGCGAUGUCGAGGUCGUUAGCGGUUCGAUCAAGGUUCUGUGCUUUCUCGGACUCCUCAUCGUCGCGAUUAUCAUUACCGCAGGAGGAGCGCCCAACCACCAGACUACGGGAUUCAGGUACUGGCACAAUCCCGGUGCUUGGACAAAUUACAACGGAAUCACGGGUUCGACAGGUCACUUUCUUGGAUUCUUGUCUUCCUUCGUCAAUGCAUCCUUCAGUUUCAUUGGUGUUGAGACCGUUGUCAUCGCAGCAGCCGAAGCCGUCGACCCGCACGAAUCAAUCCCCAAAGCCGCUCGACGAGUGACAUAUCGCAUCGCCCUUUUCUACGUUCUUGGUGCAUUGUUGAUCGGAAUGAUUGUCAGCCCCACCAACCCUGAUCUUGUUUCCGGUAGCGGGAAUGCCAACAGCUCUCCCUGGGUUAUCGCUAUCAAAGAAGCUGGCAUCACCGCGCUUCCAUCCAUCGUGAACGCUUGCAUUCUGGUUUCUGCUUGGUCCGCAGGAAACUCUUACUGCUGGGUCGGGUCGCGAAUGAUUGUGGCUAUGACGACAGAUGGUUACCUGCCACAGGUAUUUGGACGAGUUACGAAGCAGGGUGUUCCAUAUGUUGCAGUCAUUACUGCCUGGCUGUUUGGGCCAUUCGCAUAUUUGAGUCUUGGCUCCGGCGGUGCCGCUCAGGCUUUCUCGUGGCUUUUGAAUCUCAGCACCGUAGCUGGCCUCAUCGCCUGGGCUACGCUUUCGUUCUGUUAUAUCCGCUUCCACGCCGCUCUCAAGGCCCAGGGCAUUAGUCGAGACACCCUUCCAUGGAAAUCUCCCUUCCAACCAUAUGCCGCAUGGAUUGGAUUCGUUGGUUCGACCAUAAUUGUGCUAAUUGCCGGUUUCCCUGUUUUCUUAAAGGGUAACUGGGAUACGUCGUCAUUCUUUGCGUCGUAUAUUGGAAUUCCGAUUUUCAUUGUUCCUAUCAUUGUGUGGAAGCUUGUUUACCGUACUAAGUUUGCUCGUGCCGCUACUAUUGACCUUUAUUCGGGCCGUUUGCAGGAGGGAGAAGUGAUCGCGCAUCACAAGCCGGAUAACUGGUGGCAGCGUAUCCUGGAUUGGGUAUUCUGA